GUAGGAUCCUUCUGUCAAAUUUAAUUGCUAAGUAAAAAGUUAUAAUUUUAUUCCGAGUUUUUUAAGUCAUCGAAAAAAAAGUGAGGACAAGAAAAUGUCUGGAAAUACAAAUUUAUUACAAUAUGCAGCUACUGUCACAGGUUCACUAACAGUGGUAGGGUAUGGUGCUAUCGCAGCCUGGGCAUCCCCAGCAAUUCCUUACUUGGAAAGUGAAAAAUCAGAAAUUCUUAUCACCAAAGAUCAAAGUUCCUGGAUAGCCUCUCUCUACUCUUUAGGAUUUUUAAUCGGAUUUUUUAUGAAUCCUAUUUUUGUUGAUAGAAUUGGUCGAAAAUGGACUUUAAUAUUAUUUUCACUGCCGCAAAUCACAUCUUGGCUCCUGAUAAUUUCAGCAAAAAGCCACAUCACUCUCUACAUCGCAAGGCUCAUCGGAGGAACGGGAUAUGGAGGAGGCCUGUGUGCUCUAACAAUCUACAUUUCAGAAAUUGGAAACAAAAAUAAUAGAGGAAUUUUCCUAGUCCUUAUCCGACUUUCCGCGGGAACUGGAUUCCUCUUCACCACAGUUUUAGGAGCUUUUUUCACAUACAAUCAAAUGAAUUUUGUUCUUCUCAUGCUUCCAAUCACGUUCCUGGUUUUGUUUUUAUUCAUGCCCGAUUCAUCGUAUUUUUUAGAAAUUAAUAAAAGACUGGAAGGAGAAGAAAUGAAGAAGAUGAAUUCUUUUGGAUUAGAAGAAGAUGAAAAUGAAUCAAGAUUAAAUUCUAAGGAAGACUCACAAUUUUUGGAAGAAUAUUCCAAAAAGAAAAGUUCAAACCAAGAGUAUUUACGACAAAGAAUUCCUAAAUCAGAACCGAAAUCUUGGAAGCUUGGAAAGAAUAGUUUUAAUUUUAGAGAAUCAAGUUUGUGGAAACUGAUUGGAAAUCCGAAAAAUCGAAAAGCCUUGGCAAUUGUCAUCUUUUUGGGAUUUACUGUUGUUUUUUCAGGAAACUCUGUUUUGGGAUCUUUUGGUCAAAAAAUACUCACUCACAAGGGAGCUAUUAUGGAUCCCAAAAAUGGAAUGGUAUUUUUAUCACUUCUGAAUGUAUUUGCUUGUCUAAUAAGCACACAGAUAGUGGAAAGAGUCAAGAGAAGAACUCUUUUAUUAUAUUCUGGAGUAAUCUCUUCCAUUUCCCUGGGAAUUGUGGGAGUUUUUUUCUGUAUGGAUAAAAAUGCGAUGGAUGUUUCUUAUUUUGGAUGGGUUCCCAUUGUUUUCCUCUCAAUGUACGAUAUUUUAAUUAGCGCUGGAACUUGUAAUAUUUUCUACAUUUACCAAGGAGAAUUAUUUACAAAUGAUGUUAAAAGUGUAGCAGUGACAAUAAUAAAACUUGUGUAUAUAGCAGUUUCAUUUAUAUCCAUAUUAGAAUUUCUGAAAAUGAUUGAGGUUACGGGAAUAGAUUGGGCUUUUUGGAUUUUUGGAAGCUGCUGUGCUGUUGGGACAGUUAUUGUUUAUUUUAUAGCUCCUGAAAGUAAAGGAAAAACUUUGGCGGAAAUACAGGAAUCUUUGGAUGUGAAGAGAUUUGUUCCUUGAAUUCAAAAUAUUGGGAGUGGAAGGAAGAAAAGUGUUUUACUUUAGUUUAUUAUAGGAAAGUGCUUAUUUUUAUUUCUUAAUUAUUGAAGAAAUAGUUAAUUAAACAUGGACAAGUUU